UCCCUGCGGAGCCGGGCGGGUAGGGGAGGCCGCGGGAGGCACCGGAGCGGGCCGGGAUUGGGAUCGGGAUCGGGGCCGGGCGACGGCCGUGGGCCCCGCGGUGCGGCCGAGCUACCGCCGGAGGGCUGGGAGCCCCCGCGGGCAGGCGUUGGGGGCCGUGAUCUGGGCAGGUUGAAGUAAUCCUGAUGGUAAAUAAUGCAUUGAAUGUCUUGAGAGUUUGCAGUAAUGGAACAACUGCAGGAUCCGGUUGUGCAAGAAGAUGCAAAUAUUAAAGCCAUUAAUGAAGAGUACAGGAAGGCCUUUAUUUUUAUCAAUAAAGGACUGAAUACAGAUGAACUGGGUCAGAAGGAAGAGGCAAGAAGAUACUAUGAGCAAGGGCUUGACCACCUGCUCCGAGGAGUUAGCAUUCCGUCAGAGGGUCCUGCAUGUGUAGGGUCCCAGUGGGACUCUGCCAGGCAAAUGCAACAGAAGAUGAGGGAGACCCUGCAAAACGUUCGCGCUCGACUCAGCAGUCUAGAGCAAAACACCCAAGCAUCUCCUGCUCUGAUGGAUACCCCUCCUGGGGUACCCAAGUUAUACCCCUCCAUUCCUUCCAAAGAAAAGCCAGAAAGACCCCCUCCCCCUAAUUCUCUGUUUGUACCAAGUCAGCCGCCAGCAGCAGGUGGAAGUGUUGCAGCUGUGAGUCAGGGGCAAUUUCCAGCUAUGAGUCCGUCCUCUGCAAAACCUCUUUGUGUGCCAAAUGAGGCACCUCCUGCCUACACUCCUCAAGCUACCAAUGGCCACUUCACUGUGUCCUACGGCACAGACUCUGGGGAGUUUUCUUCUGUCAGCGAGGACUACUACAACAACAAAUGUACUCAGCCACCUCCCCUGGAAAACCUGGGAGUGGAUGCAGAUGAGCUGAUCUUGAUUCCCCAAGGAGUACAGAUAUUUUUUGUGACUCCUGAUGGGCAGGUUAGUGCUCCUUCAUAUCCUGGAUAUCUGCGCAUCGUGAAGUUCUUGGAUACGGAUAGUGAAGCUGCUCGGAAUCGUCCACCGGCAUUUCUUCAGGUUUGUGACUGGUUGUAUCCUCUGAUGUGUACCCAGUCUCCUGUGCUGUGCUGCAAUACUGGGGUCUACAUGUUCCCUGACACAAUGUCCCAGAUACCAGGGUCCUACGUGGGAGUAGUGCUGUCUUCAGAACUUCCAGCAGCUGACAGAGAGCUGUUUGAGGAUCUCUUGAAACAGAUGUCUGACCUACGUAUCCAGGUGCCAGGAUCCCAUGAGAGAGUAGGGUUACCUUCAGAGCUCCCAGCAGCUAAGAGAGCACAUUUUGAAGAUAAAUUUAAACAGAGGUCUGGCCACAAAGUCCAGCCUUCUGAUUCCUCUAGUGAUGCAGUUCACUUGCCUCAGACUGUACAUAUCCAGCCACAACCUGAAGAAGCAGAAGAACAGAAAGAGUUACCAGAAUGGAGUGAGAAAGUUGCCCAUGGAAUCUUGUCAGGUGCAUCUUGGGUAAGCUGGGGCCUAAUGAAAGGAGCAGAAUACACGGGUAAAGCUAUUCACAAAGGAGCUUCUAAACUGAGAGAGCACAUUCAACCAGAAGAAAAGCCUGUGGAAGUCAACCCAACUGUAGCAAAGGGACUUCAUGUAGCAAAACAGGCUACUGGAGGAGCUGUGAAAGUCAGCCAAUUCUUAGUUGAAGGGGUGUGUUCUAUAGCGAGCUGUGUUGGAAAGGAGCUGGCUCCACACGUGAAGAAGCAUGGCAGCAAAUUAGUUCCAGAAUCCCUAAAGAAGGAUAAAGAUGGCAAAUCUACUUUUGAUGGUGCUCUGGUAGUAGCAGCAAGUGGAGUUCAAGGGUUUUCAACAGUGUGGCAAGGCUUAGAAAGUGCAGCAAAGUGCAUUGCUAAAAGUGUUUCAACUGAGACUGUAAAAACGGUCAAAUACAAGUAUGGAGAGGACGCUGGUCAUGCUACAGACAACGCUAUGAAUUCUGCAAUCAAUGUUGGUGUUACAGCAUUUAACAUUGAAAAUAUUGGUAUCAAAUCUGUUGUAAAGAGAACUGCAAAAGAAACUGGCCAUGCUGUGCUAGAUGAAUAUAAAGUAUUAGAUAAUGAGAAGAAGGGUAAAAAAUGAAAGCAAGUAAAUACUUCUCAAAGCCUUACAUUAGAGAUGAAACUUCCUAUUUAGAAGUAACUACAUUGCUCAUCUGACACUGAACAUAAGUCACACUGUACUUUUCAAGCAACUGUUACUUAAUUUGACAGGAAAAUGUAAAAGUAGGAAGAGCAUUUGUAGGAGGAAAAAUGAAAGUUGUCAACCCUUCGUUCUAUACUGAACAAGGGUUUUAAACAACUGGAUCAGGGUUUCAGGCAACUGGAAGGAUAUGAGUUUGCAGUUCAUAUACUUGCCUCUUUAAGCACUUUUUCAAAAUAAUAUAUGGAAUAAUAGAUUAAUACAGAAAUAAUAUUGUGAAUAUUUUUGUAACACUUUAUAUUUAUAAAGGAGGUGGUGAUACAGAAAGAGUAGGAUUACUAAUUCUGGAACAAGUAAAAUUACCAGUUUUGGCUUUAUAACUAUCCUUAAGAAUUCAUUUUACUAAUCAAGCCUUGUCUUACUUAAUAUGCACUACCAAAAUAAGCAUUGUGUUUCAUUGUUUUGUAGAGAAUUUCUCUUUUCACCUACAAAAUAGGUGAUCUUAUCCAAAGUUCAUGUUAGGAGAAAUGAAGGAUGAACUUCAGGUAAUUAGGUAGUCAUUCCAUUUUAGACUUUUUUUUUUCUCAUACAACAUAUAAGUAAACCAAAGAUACCAACCAUUUCUAAAAGAGUGUAUUUACAUGUCUAGAAAAACAUAUUUUCCAGUUGACUCCAUAAGGAAUAUACAAAGAUUCUUCGAAAUUCAGGUUUUUAUGUAGAGAGGAUAAGUAUGGUUUUGCAUAAAUCAAAGUAUUUUUCUGUGAAAAUAUUAGAGAGCACUAGGAAAUUCUAUGCAUUCUGUAAUUUUCAGCUGAUCCGGAAAGAUUCAGAUUAUAUAUCACAACCUUCUAAUGGAAGACUUCUAAUGUUUGAACAAAUAGUUCUAAUGGUCUUCAUCUUUAUUCCAUUAAAUUCAUAGUUGCACAAGGGUGUGAAGUGUUUAAAAAGACUAUGAAGACAAACCCUUUUAUUGAAGAGUGUGUAGGAUAGACACUGCUGUGUAGAUUUGUCAUUCUGUUUGUAGCAAAGUGUAAAAUAACUCAAGAUGUUAAAUCCUUGAGAUGCUUUGAUACUGCUACUUAUUUAACACUUUACUACUGAGUUUUAAAGAUGCUGCACAUUCAAAUAUUGUCUGAACGUGCAACAGACAGAAUGUGAACAAUUUAAACUUACCUCUGUUUCAUGUAGAUGGAGAAAAUAACUAUAAAUUAUUGUUGGCAAGUGAUAUUUGCAGAAGAUUGAAAAAAUAGAGUAACAACUACACUCUGUUAGAAUGGUAAUAGGUGCAUAUUUUGUGGUAGCUACUGCAGGUGUGUGCUUUGGUUGAGAAACAUGAAAAAAAGGCUCUAACCACUUGAAGUGUAACUUUGAUGUAUGGAAAUAAAGAUAAAAUCUGUGCCUGACCUUCUUAUGAUAUGAAACUACUCUAUGGAUCGAUCAAUACGUGGAAAAACUAGGACUUCUUCAGAAGUAAUAAAAUAGCAGUAUUGGGGUCUAUCUGUGGUAUAAACAAGCUCACCAACUAGGGCUUAAAUAUUUCAAACUAAAAAGUUCCAUCCAAAGUACACUGCAACAAUUUCUGUUACUAUAAUCUGCCACUUGCCAGCUUAAGUUAACCAGUUAAAGACUACUAAAGACUUCACUCUAGCAAAAGCAUUUUUUACUGCUAUAAGUUGUAUUUACAACAGGGAUAUAGGUAUUUGUAUCUUCUUUCUCCCUCCCAUUUAGAGGUUUUGCAUAUAGCUUUAGUUUGCAUUUACCUUCAGUUUUGUCUAUAAACCAUCAAAACAAAAAAUUGUAUUAAAACAACAGUUAAGAUCAAGGUGUUACAGUCUUCAAGAGACUACAUUGGAGCACACUGAGGAAAAACAACAUGUAAAUGCCAUCAGUAUCAGGCAAGUAGUGGUGUUGUGCCCAACCUGCUGUAGAUCUCUGCAUGUGUAUCCAGUCUUUCAAAAUGUAUUAAAACUAUUUUUUGAAUGAUGCCUAUCCCAUUUUACAGUUUGUAAUGUGAUAUAUCCAUGAUCUUCCCUUUUACGUUCUUCCAAAGUUUAGUUAAUUUUUCCAGCUGAUAGUAUGGUGCUCUUGAACUUACCUUGCUUCACCUGCCACUUUUCUUGGGCCCAGGGUAGCAACUCCAUAGGCUUCUCUUCCCUUCUACCAUAUACAACAGCCUUCUCACAUUUACUGCCUUAUCUCAGCUCCCUUUUUUAUAUAUUAAGCUCCCCAAACCUCCUGUCUUAGGUUGGCUUUCUAUUCACAGCUUGGUUUUGUUUCUUUGAACAAUGAACAUCUUUUGAUACAUGGCAGUCCUAGAAUUUUUACUAAGCUGUGUAGUGCAUGAUUUCCUAAGGCAUUCUUAUUUCCAAAUCUAGUCAAAGUCUUUUCUGCUACAAUAUUUGUCUCAAAUCUUGUCUUGAGAGGAUCACUUUCAAUGAUCUCCAAGUCAUUCCAAGCUACUGCCAUCUCUAGCAUUUUCAUCAUUGUGCAUAUGUAAACCACGGCUCUUAUCUCAAAUCUAAACCUCUGUAUUUGAAUGGAUUCCUCUAGAUUCCAAGGGUCAUUUGAUUGGUUUGUUUAAUGUUGGUUUAAAACCAACCUGGAAUAGCCUAUUUUUAAUGUUCCCUAAAUAAAUCCAUAAUCCUUUGAAAACAAUUGGUAAAACUACCUUCCACUACAAAAACCAUGCUGACCAGCUUACGAUAGAAUGGUGAAGAUUGGAAAAGACCCCCUGGUCUGUAAUUAACCUCCUGCUCAAGACAGGUCCAGCCUGGAGCACAGUACUCUGCCCCAGUUCCACUCACUAAGGAUAGAGACUUCACAGCCCUUCUGGGCAACCUUUGCCCAACUUGACUCUGCUCAACAUUUCUCCUUAUACUAAGCCAAACACUUAUAUAUGCAGGUGCAUUCUAUUGCAUAUCUUUCCAUUAUGCACACUGGAUAAAACUUUGGCUUCCCAAUCUUAUUUAGACUUUCACAUUUCAUGGCUGAUUACAGCACUAAGCUCUCCUUAUGCUUUCUCUUCCUCAGCCUGAACAAAGCCAAGUUCCUGACCUAAUGCAGCCCUUGGGACCUUUUUGGGAGUCAAAAGCUAAGCACUUCAGCAUGUGCUGAGCAGAGUGGAAGAAUUGUCUCCCUCAGGCUUCUGGCCACCCCUGCUGUGGCAGCCUGGGUGCCCUUCAGUCUUGUUUGCUGUAAACUGUUGCUGGCUCAUGGCAGCUUCUUCACCAGGGAGCCUGUGUCUUCUACAACAUUGCAUUUGAGACACUGAUCCAUGGGCUUUACCCAGGCCAGAUACUGGCCUUUGUACUUGAUUUUUGUUGAAUUCCAUUAUGUUUCUCCAAGCUGUACACCCACCCGUGAACGGUCACCCUUUUCCUCCUGCAUACUAACAGCUCCUCCCAACUCAUCAUUGUCAUCAAAUUUGCUGAGCCUGUGCUCAGUCUUCAGGUUGUCAAUCAGGAAUUAAGGAUAUUGGCUCAGGUAUUGAUCCCAGAGUCAAGCAGUCAUACUGCAGAUCACCACACUUCAAGCCUGAUGGCCUAGCCAAUUUUCCAGCAGCCUUAUGACCCAGAUAUCCAAUCUAGAACUCACCAAUUCAGCUAUAAAAGUACAGUGGGAGACUACAUCAAAGUCCUUGGUAAAGUCAAAAUAUACAACAUCCACAAGUUUCCCCUUGCCCACACAGCCAUUCAUCAUUCCUUAGUUACUGGUGCUACAGAAAUAACUUUGUAAAAAUUAAUUUAUGCCUUCAGCAACUGGUCUACCUUGCUUUCAAGUAACUAGGUGUUUAAUGCUUUCACAUAUCAUAAAUACAUAUUUAAGUAUAAAAUUCUGUUUUCAAAACACAUUGUGUUGUGGCCAAGUUUCCUAACUGUUCUUACUAAAAUUUUUGAUCUCAACCCAUUUAAAGCCUUACAAAAAUGAUAAUGCCUUUAGCGGUAUCCAUAUACCUAAUUUUAACCAAUUU